CCGAUUUCAUCCUUGCAAUUUAUAAAAGCACAUACCCUUAGAUUAUACCAGUCGUCCAACUUAGAAACAAAUUACAAGGAAAGGGAGAACCAAUACAUCUCGCGCUACCUACUAGAAAAAAUCCCAUCAAGAUAGAUUGAAUCGUAUUUCAUGGCUCGCGCACUAGUACUCUUGGACAACAAGUUCACUAGCCUAUGUCAACUAGUUGCAAGCCAUUCGAGGAAAUGGAAGCGCAAAUGGAGAGCAUGUUAUGGCUAUGGUGAUGAACAUGACCCUGUUAUUCAACUAAAUAAUGAAGAGAUUGAUCAGAGUUACUAUUUUGGAGAAGUUGAUCCAAACACACGCAGUGGUGAAGUCUCUUCAAUAUGGAAGAAGAAUAUAAUCAUGGGAGGAAAAUGCCAGCUUCCUGAAUUUUCUGGUGUCAUAAUUUAUGAUACUGCUGGGAAUUUAGUUAAUCCCAAAACUCCACGCCCUCUUGCACUUCCAUGGAAAGAAUAACGUUCCUUCCAUUCAUAAAAAAGGAUUAAUAUUGUUUCCUAAUAUUUAUGUACUGGCUGUUUAUUUCCUUCUUUUCAUUGUUCUUAAAUCUAUUGAGAACCAAGUGAUUUAGUAAA